AUGGCCGCCACUUCCACAUCCGGGUGUAUUGACCCUCCUGUUGGUACUGAACAGAUUGAGCGUGAAGAUGCCGUGUCAUCUCAUGUUUUUCCCUUUCUCAGACUUCCGCGAGAGCUCCGUGACCAAAUAUACGACUACACAUUCGCAGCGCAAGAGCUCAGCAUAGAUAGGGCAAUUGAGCGCCGUCACUUAAAGUACUUCAAGCCUAGCGCUGCUGCCAUACUUCUUGUGACUCGCCAUAAUUACUUCCUUCUCAACCGUCAAGUCGCCCGCGAAGCGCUCGAAAUUCUUUUCAAAAACCAUACCGUCUACCUUAGCUGCGGACCUUUUGUUCUCAAAGCGCUACUAGAGAAGAUUGAAGAGCCUAACGGACCUGGCAGACAAUGGCUGAAAUGGCUCAAGAAGAUAGAGUUGGAUUGGCUAACGCUACCCAACCUGCAACAUUACCCACCAGAUAGAGAAGAAGGAAGGGACGUGUGGUACUGGGAGCACGAUCAAGUAGAGGUUGAUGUCGACUACGUACGAGGUGCCUACUAUAGCGGCCACUACGACGAGUACGACCACGAAGGCAAAUCUUACGAUGACAACUUCUACGACGCUUCAAACUCGUCACUAUACCCGUCCUUUCGCCAGACAGCCACGACACAGUCCUCGAGCGCGAACGACCCCUUCGGUUUCGCAGGCCACUACCCGUUUGCCGACCCAACCCGCGACCCCGUCCGCGAAGCCUCCGCAGCGGACAUAGCCACGAAACUAGAUCUCCUUGUCUCGAUGGAAGUCACACCACUCUUCACGUACCUCGCUUCAUCCACCUUCAACCUGGACAGCAUAACACUGCCUUUAAGGUUUAUAUCCCGCGGUUCACACCAAAGCCGCAGUGUCUCGCGGCCAGGUUUCGCUCUACCCCUCAAGAUCAGGUACUGGGUCCAAGUCUGCGUGCACGCUCUUCUGAUGCUCGCUUCUCCGCAUACCGAGGGUACAUCGACGUCAACACCACUCCAGGAGGUGCGCGUCAAGUACGCACCUGUGGAUAUCUGGGCGUCCAUGGAACCGACUGACGACUUGCGCCGUAUUGUGGACGCUGGGGUCUGGUUCGAUAGCCCAGAGGAGGGACAGGAGGUCGAGCGAGAAGGAGAAGGUGAGGCAUUCCGUGCUGUAUGGGAAGGUAUGCGAGCGAGGACGACACAUGAAGAACGCAAGAAGUUGGGGAGGAGGUGGGGGUUGAAAGCGGAUAUUACGUUUCUUCCUUGGGAUGGAGAUAUGGAUAGUGGGAGGGUGGGGGAUGAAGUUGAGAUUGUUUUUUCUAGGGAUGAGCAUGUUGCGAUGGCGGGGUGA